AUGCGUAAACGCAGCUAUUACCUUGACCUAGAAACGGGCACUGACUGUCAAGCGCGUGGAUACGCACCGCCCCCUCCCCCCUGCAUCGACGUAUUCACGCUUAUGUUCCCGCUGUCUACUCCCGCGCCGCUGUAUCAAAUCUUACGUCCACAUGUCCCAAUAGUGGAUCUGAAGAUGGGCUCCAACCUCAACCCUGAUGAGAUCAAGGAAGGUGAUGACGUUUACUUCGAGUGUACUGUCAAGGCUAAUCCCAAGACGCACCGCCUCGUCUGGUUUCAUGAUAAUUCAGAAAUCUUCCACAACGAAGGUGCAGGGAUUAUCCUGAGCGCUCAGAGCCUUGUACUGCAGAGUGUCACCAGAGCAGCUGCAGGAGACUACACAUGUAUGGCAGCCAACAGUGAAGGGAAAGGAACGAGUAAUCCUGUCACUCUGCUAGUUAGAUAUGCUCCAGUCUGUGCUGAAAGAAGAGAUGGAGAACUGUUUGGUGCCCUCAAACAAGAAACUGUAUCCCUUCACUGUUCUGUGGAUGCAAACCCGGCACUCGUGUCUUUCCAUUGGACUUUUAACAACUCUGGUGAACAAACGGAACUGCCACCAAAGUUAUACAGCAGUCAUGGGCACACAUCGACCCUUAACUACACUCCGACUACAGACAUGGAAUACGGGACCCUGGCCUGCUACGGAGAGAACGCGGUGGGGCAGCAGAAAGUACCCUGUCUCUUCCAAUUGGUUGCUGCAGGACGACCAUUUCACCUACAGAACUGCUCGGUAGCCAACCAGAGUAUAGACUCUUUAAAUGUGGAGUGCGUCGAGAACUUCGACGGUGGUCUCCCCCAGACCUUCCUCAUGGAAUUGCUGGAACUGCCUUCACUUAUUGUCCGCUACAACGUCUCAACAAACAGGACUCCUCCCUAUUUCGAGAUCCGAGGUCUUCCACCAGGAGUUAGCUACAGGAUCGAUCUGUAUGCAGUCAACGCUAAAGGGAGGAGUGAUGUGUCUACCAUUGAAACUGUCACGCUCAAAGGUCAAGCUAAGUUUACCGGCGAAGGUACUGCGCUAGGGAUGUCACCAGUGCUAGCAUCCAUAGCGGCAAUGUCUGCUCUUCUAGCGACGGCCGUAUGUGGUGUGUUAGCUGUAUUGUACAAACGUCAUGCGGCAAGACAUCGACAUCUUCCUGCCAAACAUGCGCCUUUAAGUGAAGCCAUGUAUGUGGAGCGAGCGCCUCACUGCCCGACUCCUGUAAAGCAAGAUGUCGAGUCCCGCGCCAGCAGCACUGAGCCUAGGGACCGAGGAGACAGGGAGCGCACUGCAAGAGGAGCAUUACUCCACACAGCUGAUCCAAGAGACGCUGAUGACGCAGAUCCGGAUAUUAUUCCCAGUUUAUAUGAGCGGAGGCCAGUAUCCAAUGGAUACAUGAGUCUCCAACGCCCCCCCUCAUCAGGGAAGAUAACUAAGCUGAGCGGCGAGGACGUCCGCUCGGAGCCUGACGGGGGAGCCUACUACACAGAUUAUAGGAAAAAAGAUUAUAGAAUACCUUUAACUAGUUCUUAUCAUAGUUUAGGACGCGUCAACAAGGGCGUGAAUGCCUGCAGCCCUAGUUCUGCGACAGGCGUGACGUCAUCUCUGACUGCCCACCGACUCAGACCUGAAGUCGUGACAACCUCGCAUCGUGUCCAAGAGAGCUGUAUAUAA